UCAAACAAUGAUUUCUUCCUCCUAUCUCUUCGUCUCUUCCUCUCAGUGCCAGUGAAGCAAUGGCCUCCUACGACAGGCAGAAGGAGAUAAAAUCCUUCGACGAGACCAAAGCCGGCGUUAAAGGCCUCGUAGACGCUGGCGUUACCGAAGUUCCUCUGUUCUUCCACCACCCGCCGGACGGUAUAGAAGUUCGUCAGCCGACCUCUGCUGCCGGGGCAGAAAUUCCCGUCAUUGAUCUCGGCAUAAUCAACGGAGACAGGGCGGGGCGGGAGAAAGUGGUGGAGCUCGUGAGAAUGGCAUCGGAGAGGUUCGGUUUCUUCCAGGUGUUGAAUCACGGGAUUCCUCUGGCUGUGCUGGACGAAAUGCUGGAAGGCGUCAGGAGAUUUAACGAGCAGAAGUUGGAGGCGAAGAUGACAUAUUACUCGCGCGAUCUGAACAGAGCUGUGUACUUUAACUGCAAUUUUGAUCUGUUUCAAUCUCCGGUGGCCAAUUGGAGGGAUACUCUUUUCUGCACGAUCAAGCCGGAGCCUGUCGCCAGGCCGGAGGAGAUGCCGGAAGUUUGUAGAAAUAUAAUUAUGGAAUACGGAAUGCACGUCCAAAAGUUAGGGCAUCUUCUAUUCGAGUUGCUAUCAGAGGGACUCGGGCUGGAAACUCAAUUUUUGAAUGAUUUGGAAUGUGGGAAAGGGUUGUCUCAUUUGAGCCACUAUUAUCCACCAUGCCCUCAGCCAGAGCUGGUUGUUGGGACAAGCAAACAUGCAGAUCCAGACUUCUUAACUGUUCUUCUUCAAGAUAAUAUUGGUGGAUUACAAGUUCUUUAUGAACAUCGAUGGAUUGAUGUCCCCCCAAUUCAUGGAGCUCUUGUUAUUAACAUUGGUGAUCUUCUACAGCUGAUUAGUAAUGAUAAGUUCAAGAGCGUUGAGCACAGAGUUUGUACAAGCAAGAUCGGCCCAAGAGUCUCUGUUGCGUGUUUCUUUUCCCCACACUUUUGUCCAUCUGAAAGGUCUUACGGCCCAAUAAAGGAGCUAUUAUCACAGGAAAAUCGUCCUAAAUACAAAGAAGUUACUAUAAGUGAAUACGAACAUGUUUAUAACUCAAAAGGACUUGAUGGUGAAUCUGCAUUGGACAAAUUUAGGUUAUGAUCAAUUAUCAGAUGCGUGAUUUAUAUGUGUGGUCAUGUGGAUGCUUUAAUAAUGUUAUUAGAUUAUUAAUAUAUGAGUAGUUUGGUUUGAUU